AACACACCACGCACCGAUCCACGAGAUAUCUCGACCAUGGACGCCCAAGAAAUCGAGACUAAAAAGCGCAAGCGCAAGCACAAAUCGAAACCUCGCGAGGACCCUGCACCAGAGCACCUCGUCAGCAAUGGCUCCGCCGAAGUAAAGUCCCGCAAGAAGUCCAAGAAGGAACACACACCCGAACCUGUGGAGGCGGAAGACGCCGAGGUAGCAAGCGGCUCCGCAGAUGAAGAGGAAGAAGGUGCGCUCAACGAGGAGUUGAAACAAAUUGCCGCCAAGUCCAAGGCAGCGGCCGUGGACUCUGACGAUGCGCCGUCUGAGGACAACGAAGAGGCAGUCAGCAAGCAGACUGAUUUGCCCUCUGGGACCUCAAUACCGACUCUCGAAGAGCCCGUGAAGUUCUCUGAUCUGAAGCUGAGCGAUCGCACAAUGCAAACAAUCCAGAGCAUGGGCUUCGAGACUAUGACUGAGAUCCAACAACGUGCGAUUCCUCCACUGAUGACGGGAAAGGAUGUAUUGGGCGCCGCUAAGACUGGUUCCGGGAAGACAUUGGCGUUUCUGAUCCCAGCGAUCGAGAUGCUGCAUUCCAUGCGUUUUAAACCGCGCAACGGCACCGGUGUUCUCAUCGUUUCCCCAACUCGUGAACUGGCAUUGCAGAUUUUUGGCGUAGCGCGAGAACUCUUGGAAAAACACUCACAAACAUACGGGAUCUGCAUUGGAGGCGCGAACAGGAGAGCAGAGGCAGAGAAAUUGGUCAAAGGUGUCAACCUACUCAUUGCAACUCCCGGUAGACUUCUCGAUCACCUCCACAAUACCGAAGGUUUCGUGUACAAGAACCUCAAGAGCCUGAUCAUCGAUGAGGCGGAUCGAAUCUUGGAAGUCGGUUUCGAAGAUGAAAUGAGGUCCAUCAUCAAGAUCCUCCCUAGAGACCGCCAGACAAUGCUUUUCUCAGCAACACAGACCACCAAAGUUGAGGAUUUGGCGAGGAUAUCUCUAAAACCGGGACCGUUGUAUAUCAACGUGGACUACAGAAAAGAGCAUUCAACGGUGGAGGGGUUGGAGCAGGGAUACGUCAUUUGUGACAGCGACUCUCGAUUCCGACUCUUGUUUUCGUUCCUCAAAAAGCAUCAAAAGAAGAAGAUUAUCGUCUUCUUCUCCAGCUGUAACGCUGUCAAAUACUAUGCGGAAUUGCUGAAUUACAUUGAUCUGCCGGUACUGGAACUUCACGGGAAACUCAAGCAGCAGGCACGGACAAACCGAUUUUUCGAAUUCUGCAACGCAAGUUCGGGGACUUUGAUCUGCACAGACGUUGCUGCGCGUGGUUUGGACAUCCCCGAGGUGGAUUGGGUAAUCCAGUUUGACCCACCGGACGACCCACGAGACUACAUUCACCGCGUGGGUAGAACAGCGCGAGGUACCAGCGGCAAAGGCCGGUCGCUCAUGUUCUUGCUCCCAAGCGAGGUUGGCUUCCUGAAGUUGCUCAAGGAGGCGCGUGUACCGCUCGUGGAAUUCGAGCUCCCAGCCAACAAAAUCCUGAAUAUCCAGUCACAACUUGAAACGCUCAUUGGGAAGAACUACUAUCUCAACAAGUCGGCAAAAGACGGGUAUCGAGCGUACCUGCACUCGUAUGCCUCGCACAGCCUGCGGUCUGUGUUCGACGUGCACAAGCUCGACCUGGUCAAGGUGGCCAAGUCGUUUGGGUUUUCCACACCGCCCAGGAUCGACCUCACGCUGGGGGCCAGUCUGAGCAGAGACAAGAAGGUUGAAGGAAGGAGAGCGUACGGGAGUCAACCCCAGCAGGGACGGCGACCCAACAGGCCGAGGCAGAACUAA